AUGAUCACAUUCAGCGAUUGCCCGAGAGAAAUCACGAUGAAGGAAUCGGACAGGUGCUUGGAUCCCCAGCUCUGGCACGCGUGCGCCGGUGGCAUGGUCCAAAUGCCGGCGGUGAGCUCCUUGGUCUGUUACUUCCCCCAGGGGCAGGCUGAGCACGCACAGGGCCCCGUGGACUUCCCCAACUGCCCGCGGAUUCCCCCGUACAUCCUCUGCCGGGUCGCCGGUGUGAAGUAUCUGGCCGAUCCCGAGACGGACGAGGUCUACGCCAAGAUGAAACUGAUGCCUGUUAGAUCCGAGGAGCUGGACUAUGGAGGCGGGGAGGACUUUGGCGGCCUGGGGAGCAACGGAUCGGGGGUCCCUGAGAAGACCACCUCCUUCGCCAAGACCCUGACCCAGUCGGAUGCCAACAAUGGCGGUGGGUUCUCUGUUCCGCGCUACUGUGCGGAGACCAUCUUUCCGCGUCUGGACUACUCGGCCGAUCCGCCGGUCCAAACGAUCCUCGCCAAGGAUGUCCAUGGCGAAAUUUGGAAGUUCCGCCACAUCUACAGGGGGACACCGCGCCGCCAUCUUCUCACGACCGGCUGGAGCACCUUCGUGAAUCAGAAGAAGCUCGUGGCUGGGGAUUCCAUUGUGUUCCUGCGGACCGAGAACGGGGAGCUCUGCGUUGGGAUCCGGCGGGCGAAGAGAGGGCCCGGCGGUGGGCUGGAGCUGCCGUCGGGAUGGAACAUCCCCGGUGGAAAUUGCUUGCCGCCGCCGUACGCGGGUUUCUCCCUGUUCUUGAGGGAACAGGAGAACAAGCUCAUGAGGCGGAAUGGCGAGAACCCUGGUUCAGUGGGGGGCAUGAUCGCGAGGGGGAGAGUUAGACCAGAGUCCGUCGUGGAGGCUGCCAACCUCGCUGCCGAUGGUCAGCUUUUUGAGGUGGUCUACUACCCUAGGGCGAGCACGCCGGAGUUCUGCGUCAAGGCGGCGGCCGUGAGGGCUGCGCUGAGGAUCGACUGGUGCCCUGGCAUGCGCUUCAAGAUGGCCUUUGAGACCGAAGAUUCCUCUCGUAUCAGCUGGUUCAUGGGCACCGUCUCCUCCGUUCAAUGCGCGGACCCCGUCCGUUGGCCCGAUUCUCCGUGGAGGCUCCUCCAGGUCACUUCCUCUCCCAUCCUUCCAUUGUCUAUCGUUUCUGUGCUCUUCUUCUUCUUCUUCCUCUUCUCUGGAUUAACGGAAUGUUUCCUUCAUCUUCGUCUGCGGACUGAUCCUCCGGUUUUACGGAAUAACCUCCCCUCGCCCAUUCGGCCUCCUCGGCGCUUCCCUCCAGCGGGGCAAUCGAAAGAUCCUGUCUUGCCGCAUCGAAGAGAACGAUCUCUUGUUCUCUUCGUUCUUUGUUCAGUGUUGCAUUUGCGCUUGAAUCGUAUAUCUUGUAAUCCGCACUCUUAAAACCCUACUGGUUGACCUCCCGUUCUAGCCGUACUUCCCCUCUGGGAAAUCAUGCGGCGCUUUGAACUGUGGAACGGCAUCGAUGCCGGGUUUAAUUUGUUCGCGGAUGGAAAUGGAAAGUUUUUACGACUGACAGUUGUGAUAAGCAGCUGGUGGCUUGGCUGGGAGGUCCCUGUGAAUUUCCGGGAACCAACCCUUCCCGGAUUUAUUUCCCUGGAGGCUGCAUGGCCCCGGGUGUGGAGGAGGAAGAGAAAGCAACUUCUGUUUUGUUUUGUCCUUGAUGCUUUUCCAUUCUUAUCUCAUACAUUGUCAACGCCUUUUGGUUUUCCUUGCAUACUACUCUGUCGGUCGGUCGGACGGUCUCUCUCUCUCUCUCUUCCCGUAUGUGUUUCAUCGAAUCUACGCUCUCGGCGAUCGGAGGGGGUUUAACAGGUUGGAUUGGCUGUCGAUGCAGGUAACAUGGGACGAACCAGAUUUACUUCAGAACGUGAAACGGGUCAGCCCGUGGCUGGUGGAGCUCGUGACCAACAUGCCGGCCAUCCACCUGAAAACCUUCUCGCCGUCGAGGAAGAAGCUGCGGUUGCCACCGUCGCCGGACUUCGCCAUCGACGGCCGUUUCCUGACGCACGUUUUUUCCGGCAACUCCUUCGAACCCAGCAGCAACCCCCAGUGCUGCCUUCCGGACAGCGCCCCUGCAGGGAUACAGGGAGCCAGGCAUUCUCAAUUUGGUAUAUCCAUCUCAGAUCUCCACAUCAGCAAGCUGCAGACGGGUCUGCUCCACGCUGGAUUUCACCGGCUGGAGAAUCCCCCCCGCCCGCCGCCGGGCGCCGUCUCCGCCGCCCCUUGCGGCGCCGCCACCAGGAGCCCCAUACCGGACGUCUCCUGCCUGCUCACCAUCGGGAACGCCUCUUCGCCCCGCUCGAGGGAGUCGUUCAGUCCGAAGACGCCGCACUUUUUGCUCUUUGGGCAGCCCAUACUGACGGAGCAGCAGACCCCGCCGAGCUCCGGGGACUCGGGCGGCGGCUCGCCGGAGUUCACCAGGAAGAGCUCGGAUUUGUUGAACGGGUCCGGCUCUGCGAUCAACCUGCGAGGCCUCGCGGAGAACUCUCCUUCCGAAGGAGGAGGCGGCCUCGUCUGGUACAAGGACCACCUCCACCACCAUCACCAUUACCAGUCAGCGACAGAGUCGGAGACUGGCCACUGCAAGGUCUUCUUGGAGUCGGAGAACGUCGGUCGGACCCUCGAUCUCUCAGUCCUGGGCUCCUACGAGGAGCUCUAUCGGAGGCUGGCCGACAUGUUCGGCAUUCAGAAAUCCGAUAUGAAGAGCCACGUGCUCUACCGAGACGCCACUGGCGCGGUCAAGCACACCGGCGAUGAGGCCUUCACGUGAGUCCCCUCUCUCUCUCUCUAUUUUCUCUCUUCUCUCUGUGUCUCCCCUCCAUCCCCUGCGAAAGACCCUUCCGGCAGGCCGCCCACCGUUUAACGUGACCGUCGUUUCUGCUACUGUACGCACUGUGCAGCGACUUCAUGAAGACGGCGCGGAGGCUGCAGAUCCUGAUGGACGCCGGAAGCGACAACGUCGGGAGGUAG